UCCUGCUCCUCCUGUCCUAGUCAGACGUUUCCCAUCGGUGCUCCGCGAGGGGACAUUACUCACUGCUUUCAGCCAGCGAAGCAGCCCGGCAGCCUACCGUAUGGUGGCAAUAGACCUUCAGAGACUGCCACAGGGCAGAAGCAAACGGCCACGGCUCACCAAGACCCCGCGUCUGGACCGGGGGUCUCCGAGGAGGUCCCGCAAGAAGAUCCAAGUCAUCAUCUGUGUGCUGCUCGUUGAGCUGUGUGAAAGAUUCACCUUCUUCGGAAUCGUAUGUAACAUGAUUCUCUUCUGCACCGUGAAGCUGGGCUACGACAACUACCUGGCUGCUGUCGUCAACCUGGCGUUCAUUGGGGCCAGCACCCUGACCCCGGUUCUGGUCGGGUGGUUUGCAGAAACCUAUCUGGGAAGGACCAAGGUGCUGUACUCGUGUGCUUUUCUGCAUUUCUUUGGUAAGACGUGACAGCGAACACAGCAUGUAACAUAUAUGCGACUUUAUGUUCGAGCGUGAAGCUACUGUAGAGGUCAUGACCUCUGCUUUCCAGGCACAGCCAUGCUGCCCGUGGUGGCCUUCCCAUUUAAAGAUUUCUACGUGGACUCCCACCACAUAACCCACCAGCUGGAACCUCGGGAGCAGCAGAUCUUGUUCUACGUGGGCCUCCUGGCAGCGGCGCUGGGCAUCGGCGGCAUCCGGGCCAUCCUCUGCCCAAUGGGAGCCUACAGCCUGCAGGGCUACAACCAGCAUCAGCUCCUGUCCUUCUUUAACUGGUUUUACUGGCUGGUCAACCUGAAUUCCGCGCUCGUGUUUCUGGGCAUCGCUUACAUCCAGCAGUCUGUGGCCGAAAACCUGGGCUUCCUCAUCCCCUUCACCUCAGUGGUCCUGGCUCUCAUCGCGAUGCACAUGACACGCAACAAACUCACCUACAAACCCAAGCGAGCCGGAUCCCUGCUGACCACGCUGGGAGUCUUCCUGAACUCGCUGAAGAUGUGCUGCCUGCACCGGCGCCACCUGGGCGGGGACGUGGCAUCUUGGCUGGACCGAGCCAAGGAGAACAACGGGGGACGUUACAGCGAGACCCAUGUGGAGAACGUCAAAGUCCUGGCUAAGCUCUUCCCUCUGUACGGGCUGCAGCUGCUGUACAGGGCCUGCAUCACACAGAUUCCCUCCGGUUACUACAUACAGACGAUGAACUCCAACCUUCGCCUGAACGAGCUGCUGCUGCCCAUCGGUGCCAUGAAUGUGAUCAGCAUUCUGCCUCUGCUGCUCUUAGCGCCGCUCUUUGAGUUUGUGACUGCUUGCUGCCUCUCCAUGGACAAAACUCCUCUGGCGCCCGCUAAGCUCAUCAGUGGGUUCCCCCCCCCCCCGCUUGCAUUCAAGCACCCUGGUGUUUUCGUAGCUCUUUGACUCCACCCUGUCCCUGCUCCCCCUCCAGCCCUGGGCCACGCGUGUGCCACCCUGUCGGUCCUGGUGGCGGGUCUGUCCGAGCUGCAGCGGAAGGCGUCCCCCCUGGUGGAGCAGACCCUGUCCGGGAAGGUUCUGCAGGUGUCGUCCAUGCCGUGCUUCCAGCUGGCGCCCCAGUACAUACUGCUUGGCCUCGCCGAGGCCCUCGUCACUCCGGCAUGCUCCCUCAUAUCCUUCCAGCUGACGCCAAACCACAUCAGCGGGAUCUCGCUGCACUUCCUCACUCUGUCCUAUGGAGGGGGCUGCUGCCUUGGAGCUCUCAUCAUUCAGCUGGCGUACUUUGUCUCUGGAGGUAACUUCUAUCCAAACACACUGCAUGAAGGAAAUCUAGAGAGAUUCUUCUUUCUCCUGGCCAUGCUGAUGGCUAUCAAUACCCUCACAUUCUGGAGCGUGUCUUAUAGGUACACAGACCUGAGUAUGCAGGGUAAAGCUCUGACCGUCAGCCCUUUGAAUGAGAAGCUGCUGCACUAUAAAGCCUGUCUGCGCUUCUACGACACAGUGGACCAGUCCUACACCAGCACCUCCAUAGAAUCUGCUUUAUAACUUCCCUCUAUGCAAUUAAAGUUGCUUGUGGCGCUGGCGCUACAUGUUAUGUCAAUGUUUGUAGCUUGGAACUGUAAAUAAAAUUAAGAAUGUAAAAAAAUUAUAAUAACAUAUAUAUAAUAAAAAUCUUUUGAUAUUUAUUUUAGUUUCUUCUAAAUCAAGU